AUGGAGGAUCGCUACGAAGGCUUCAACGACUAUGAUCAUGUUUAUGACGCACAGAAUGUUCUUGGCGACGAGGUCUUUCAGCAAGCCGUGGCCCGAUCAAGCUAUGGACGAAGACCGAAAAGUUCAGCAAUGCGGCCAGGCACAUUACGUCUUACAACACCAGUCAGUCGUGUAGAUACAGCAACUGCAGGUCUUAGAAUGGGUACGGCAACUAUGUUAAGAUCAACUUUAGGCUCGCGAAUAGGAAAUGAACCAAGCAGACCAAUGACCGCUGUACGUGGUGCUGGGUACUCGUCCGCUGGCCGAGGAGCAUCGUUUAAUCCGCUGAAGAUGAAUGUUACGGAAAAGCCACCGGACGAAAGCAAUGAAGAGAAGUGUCGCCAGAUGGAAAAAAAGGUGAACGAGCUCCUCAAGGAAAGCAUUUUUGCCUGGGAGAAAGGGCAAAUGAAACAGGCACUAGAAAAAGCUAAGGAAGCAGGCCGACGCGAGCGAGCUGUUGUGAAAAUGCGUGAACAGCUGUCAGUUGUCGAGCAGCUCAAUUUGGAUCUGACAUUUACUUACAUGGCGAAUAACCUGUUGACAGAAGCGCUGAAUACCUAUCAGGUGAUCGUAAAGAAUAAAAUGUUCGCGAACUCGAGCCGCCUCAAAGUGAACAUUGCCAACAUCUAUUUCAAGCAGAAGGACUACAAGAAAGCAAUCAAAUAUUAUCGCAUGGCGCUGGACCAAGUGCCGAACUUCCAGAAAAGUAAAAGGCAAGUAAACUCUCUGUACUUGCAUUUAUGCUAG